GUCCAUCAAGGUUAUCCGGAUAUCUUGACCUAUGAUCUUUGUUCUGUUCUUCUAAAUCGGACGAGUCGCCAAUCUGUUCAUUCCGAAAAGGGGACGUGCCAUGGCAGCAGCUCCAUCGUCGUCGUUCGUUGACAGGUACCGCCUCGUUCAGGAGAGCGUCCUGGAUAUGAGCUUGUCGGACAUUGACAUCGUCCUCCUCGGCGGCGACAAUGACGACCACUUAUCGUCGUCGUUGUCGAGAAGCACCACAAUGGCCGUGGAGCAGUGCAUGAUUUGCCUGGAUACCACCACGGAUAUCGUGCGUAGUGCAGAGAAGCGACGUUCGACGAUGGAAGUGAACAGGCCCACUGUCGACAUGGACCUGUACGAAGAAGACAUUGGCCGGUGUGCCGCGUGCCCCGCCGUCUAUUGCUUUCCGUGUUUCCGCGAAUACAUCCGUCACAAGGUUAUCAACGGCGAAGUCCGCGCAAACCAACUCGUAUGUCCUGGUGCGUGUCGUUUGUCCCUCACAAAGCGAACGUUGCGCCACAACAUGUCGGACAUCACGUACCAAAAGUACGUCGAUUUUCUCGAGAUGCAGCAGCAGGUGUUGCAGGGCGCCCGGUAUUGCCCUCGCCCCGAGUGCGGCCAAGUGCUGUCCAACACAUCCGCCAAGAAGAACAACAACCGCCGCGUCUACUGCACCGCAUGUGAGAAGGAAUCGUGCUUCAAGUGCGGGUCCGACUUCCAUCCGAUUCCCAUGUGUGGCGACCGCAAUUACAGCUCUUGGUGUCGCAACAACCACGUCCAAGCGUGUCCAAAUUGCACGUGGGCGAUCGAAAAGACUGGUGGAUGCAAACACAUGUCGUGCACGCGCUGCUCGUUCGAGUUCUGCUGGUACUGCCAUCAAGACUGGUCGACCCACAGCAAGGUCAAGUGCUACCCACUUGCCUACAUUCGGUCGAAACACAGGUACUUUGGGCGCACGGUGCCCGUUCGACUCGUGACCAAGACCGUUUUUGCGGGCGUUGCGGCCGGGGCGGUCGUCGCGGGCACUGGCGUUGUGUUGGCAGUGCUACCUCCUGUACUGCUAUGGCACUGUGGUGUCUACGUCAAGGACAAGAUCACAGGCCACUAGGAUGUUUGAAUCAUAUGAAACGUAACGGUCGGUUUAUCCGGAUGUUUUGGCCGUUCGAGAGCAGCAAGGGUCGCCUGUCUGAACAUUAUUUCUAGUGUUCAGAACGGCCAAAUCUGAUAGAUAUGCAAA